GACGUCACAUACACACGGCAACGUAGUCCCCGCACGUAGCUUUCAUUCAAGCAGCAUUUGAAUAAGGAAGAUGGCGGCUGCAGCGGUGGUUGAAUUUCAGAGAGCCCAGUCUCUCAUUAGCACGGACAGCAACGCAUCUAUUGAUAUUCUCCAUUCAAUAGUGAGGAGAGAUGUCCAGGAGAAUGAUGAGGAAGCUGUCAGGGUUAAGGAACAGAGCAUCCUGGAGCUGGGUACACUCCUGGCUAAGACAGGACAAGCCGCAGAACUAGGGGGUCUGUUAAAAUUUGUCAGGCCUUUCCUGAUUUCAAUUAGUAAGGCCAAGGCAGCUCGUCUGGUCCGCUCUCUGCUGGACCUGUUCCUUGACAUGGAGGCUGCGACAGGGCAGGAGGUAGAACUGUGUCUUGAGUGCAUUGAGUGGGCUAAGGCAGAGAAGAGGACCUUCCUACGACAAGCUCUUGAAGCAAGACUCAUCUCACUCUAUUUUGACACCAAAAGGUACCAAGAGGCCUUGGCACUUGGUUCGCAGCUGCUUCAGGAGCUCAAAAAGAUGGACGAUAAGGCUCUUCUUGUAGAAGUUCAGCUGCUUGAAAGUAAGACGUACCACGCUCUCAGCAACCUGCCCAAGGCCCGUGCUGCCCUCACUUCAGCCAGGACCACCGCUAAUGCCAUUUAUUGUCCUCCAAAGCUCCAGGCAGCUCUGGACUUACAGUCAGGAAUCAUCCAUGCAGCAGAGGAGAAGGACUGGAAGACAGCUUACUCCUAUUUCUUUGAGGCCUUUGAGGGCUACGACUCCAUCGACAGCCCAAAAGCCAUUACAGCACUCAAAUACAUGCUUCUGUGUAAAAUAGUUCUCAACUUACCAGAGGAGGUACAAGCAUUGAUCAGUGGCAAACUGGCCCUGCGAUACGCCGGCCGACAGACAGACGCACUGAAAUGUGUUGCCCAGGCGAGUAAGAACCGGUCAUUAGCAGACUUUGAAAAGGCCCUGAGAGAGUACAGAGCAGAACUGAGGGACGAUCCAAUUAUCAACACUCACCUGGCAAAGCUGUACGACAAUCUGCUGGAACAAAACCUCAUCCGAGUAAUUGAGCCCUUCUCCAGAGUACAGAUAGAACACAUAUCAGGUUUAAUCAAGCUCUCAAAGGGUGAUGUUGAGCGCAAAUUAUCACAGAUGAUUCUGGACAAAAAGUUUCACGGAAUUCUCGACCAAGGUGAAGGCGUCUUGAUCAUAUUUGAGGAGCCCCCAGUGGACAAAACAUACGAGGCAGCCUUGGAAACUAUUCAGAACAUGAGCAAAGUUGUGGAUUCACUUUACAACAAAGCCAAGAAGUUGACAUAGAGCUGCUUGCCAUUGCACUGCGAUGGAGGAACUGUGUGUGUUUGACCAGCGUGUGUAAGAUUUUAAAAUUGGGACAAGGGAGAGCAACAAGAGUCCCACAAACGGCAACAAACAGGAUUCCCCCAUCAGACUCCCUCUCCUCUCCUUCAGUGGACAGUUUCAUCACUUGUCAUGUUCUUCUUUUUUUUUUCCUUUUAUUUUGGUAUCUCUUCAGGAUUCUGUAUAACACUCAAGCGGCCAAACUAGGCCAUCAGGGAAUAUUGUACAACCACAAUAAAAAGAUUAAAAAGGUUUAAGAAUACAUAUAUGUUUAUAUCUGCUACAAGGUUGGGCUUACCAAGCCUUAGGCUCCACUGCAACCUCAAAGGUGCAACAUUGACCUCUGCAGCCUCGGACUGUGCUACUAGUUGUGGAUGCAAACUUGAGGCUCCUUCCUUUUUGUCCAUAUCUUUCAAAAGCACACUGUUCAGUUUUUGGAAGGUUGGCAUACUUCUUUUUUCAGUUUUUAUUUUUUCUCCCUCACCAUAUCAAUGCCAACAAUAUGUCCCCACUGUAUUUCAGAUAUGUGUUAAAUUCAAAUUAUUUGUUUUGUGUUUGUUAAAAAACAAAAUCAGUUGGUUGCCACAUAUCUGCCCCUUCUGCUAAUCUGAGUUUAUAGAACAGACAGGAUGCCAUUUCACCACUGGUGCCACUGUUUCAGCGCUCCGUUUUGCCUCAGUGUUUGGAUGCAACCUGAAAUCCAAGGGCAGAGGUGGAGAUUGCCUCUGAGCAUCUGCGAGUCGUCCCUGAGUGAGCAAUUCUCCAUUGUUAGUUCCUAGCACUAGUGUGGUAUGCUAGUAACCAAACAAUUUGUAUGGUUUUGAUUUGGAUUUUUUUUUCUUAUAAAUACAUUUUCAAAAUAAAUAUUUUGUAUUUUAAGGAUUGUGUCUUGCUCGUGUCUCUGCUGCUAUACUGGCCUUUCAAAGCAUUCUCUCAUCAAAGGGCAUUAAAUCAGUCUGACAGUUUGAGAUUGUCUGUCAUCUUCAUUUUUGUUCGACCAAACUGACAAAAGAAAAACAUGUUUAUCAAUAAAAUUAAUUCACACAAG